AUGGCAUCUGUUAAGCAGGGGCUUGGAGGGCGAGUGCACAUUAUUCUAUCUGGUGGUGCUCCACUAGCUCCACAUGUAGAAGCUUACCUGAAAGUAGUCACAUGCUCACAUGUCCUUCAAGGAUAUGGCCUGACAGAAACCUGUGGUGGAUCAUUUGUCUCGAUGCCAAACGAAAUGGAUAUGUUGGGUACAGUGGGCCCACCGAUCCCAAAUUUGGAUGCCCGUUUGGUGUCUGUUCCCGAGAUGAAUUAUGAUGCACUUUCAAGCAAACCGCAAGGGAAAGUAUGUAUACGAGGGGACGUUCUAUUUUCAGGUUACCACAAGCGUGAGGAUCUUACAAAAGAAGUUUUAGUCGAUGAUUGGUUCCAUACAGGCGAUAUUGGUGAGUGGCAACCAGACGGUAGCAUGAAAAUUAUUGACCGCAAGAAAAACAUUUUCAAGCUCUCUCAAGGAGAAUAUGUGGCUGUUGAAUAUCUAGAGAAUGUUUAUGGACUUGUUCCCGACAUUGAUGCGGUGUGGAUAUAUGGGAACAGCUUUGAGUCUUGUCUUGUUGGUGUUGUGAACCCGUAUAAACCAGCGAUAGAACAUUAUGCAGGAACUCAUAAUAUUUCUGGGGAUUUUGAUUCCUUAUGUGAAAACCCCAAGAUUAAAGAAUACAUACUGGGAGAGCUCAAUAGAAUAGGAAAAGAGAAAAAGUUAAAAAGUUUUGAAUCCGUUAAAACUGUUCAUCUUGACCCGGUCCCUUUCGACUUGGAACGUGACCUUCUAACCCCAACGUUUUGA